UUGGCCUCUGCGAAAAGCAGUUUUUGUCUUCACGCCCAGUGAAGGGGUAGAGGAAACUAUGAAACUAUUAGUGGGUUGUCUUAUUGCGAUCGCGGUGCUUCUGUGCAUUGCUGAUCUCUCGUCAGCCCAGUGCCAGUGCGAGGAAGCUACCAAGAAGCCGCCUCUGGCCAAGAAGCCACCUCCAGGGAAAGAUGUGGGCCAGCCCAUUCCGACUCCCCCUCGCCCACCAGUCGUUGCAACUUGUAGAAACAAGAAACCAGCGAUAAAAACAAAGAAGACGACAAAAACAUGUACAGACGAAGAAGACAACCCGCAAGCCAAAGAAGACAACAUGCAGGACGAAGAAGACAACACGCAAGCCAAAGAAGACAACAUGCAGGACGAAGAAGACAACCCGCAAGCCAAAGAAGACAACGUGCAGGUCGAAGAAGACAACCCGCAAGCCAAAGAAGACAACAUGCAGGACGAAGAAGACAACCCGCAAGCCAAAGAAGACAACGUGCAGGACGAAGAAGACAACCCGCAAGCCAAAGAAGACAACGUGCAGGACGAAGAAGACAACCCGCAAGCCAAAGAAGACAACAUGCAGGACGAAGAAGACAACCCGCAAGCCAAAGAAGACAACAUGCAGGACGAAGAAGACGACAAGGAGACCGAAAAAAACAACAUGUAA